AUGAGUUCUAAUAAAAAUGACGAUCCUAUUUCUGACAAGAUAUUAAAUAUCGCUAAAAAAAAUCCGAAAGGUAUAUCUGAUAAAGAUAUAAUAGCUGCAGUGCCUGAUCUUUCUUCUGCUGAGCUAGUGGCAGCAAUUAAUAAACUACUGCAACAAGGAGUUUUUGAUUUAUUUAAUCAAGGAGGUUCUCUUAUAUACAGGUUAAAAGCUCAAACUUCAAAGCAAGCUGUAAAGGGUGCUGAUAAUGAAGAAAAAGUUGUUUACAAUUUAAUUGAAGAAGCUGGUAAUAAAGGAAUAUGGAUUCGAGACAUAAGAGUGCGCUCUAAUCUUGCCAAUACACAGUUGACAAAGGUCCUAAAAAGUCUUGAAAGUAAGAAAGUCAUUAAGGCAGUUAAAUGUGUUAAUGCAUCCAAGAAAAAAGUGUAUAUGCUUUAUAAUUUAGAACCAGACAGAUCUAUUUCUGGAGGAGCAUGGUAUCAAGACCAAGAUUUUGAAUCUGAAUUUGUAGACAUACUUAAUCGUCAGUGCCUUAGAUUUUUACAACAAAGAGCAGAUAAAAUUAAAAAUAAUCCAAAAGGCCCCAUCUUAGGUAGAACACAAUCGUUUGCAACGGCAGUAGAAGUGCAAAAGUAUAUAACUGACUUAGGAAUAAGUAAUGUAAAAUUAGAAGUAGAAGAUGUUGUAACUAUUCUGAAUACAUUGGUGUAUGAUGGCAAAGCAGAAAGCAAUGUUUACCCUGAUGGUAGCAAAGUUUAUAGAGCUAUUGAAUCUCUAAUACCUCCACCUGGGUUGGUGCAGGUGCCUUGUGGAGUUUGUCCACUUGUAUUUAAAUGCUGUUCCACUGGACUUGUAACACCGCAAGACUGUAAAUAUAUGGAUGAGUGGCUUGAAAAUUAA